UACUCUAGCUUCACAUCCGAAACACACAAAGCAAACAUCUUCCAAGAAACACUAAGAAAUCAUCUACAAACAACAAAAAGAGAUGAAGCCCAUUACAUUUCUGGUGGCUAUAACUACCGUCGCAGUCAUUCUUUCCACCGUCAGGGCAAUGCCAGGUGGGUGGCAGCCGAUAAAAAACACAAACGACGAGCGCGUCAAGAUGGUCGGCCAGUACGCAGUUUAUGUGUACAACUUCAAAAAUGAUUACAAAAAUCCGUUGAGACUCGUAAACGUCAGAAGCGGUCAGAUCCAGUUCGUGAACGGAGUGAACUAUAGGCUCAUCAUCACCGUGGCUCCAACCUAUGGCCUCGACUCCGAGGGGAUUGUAUACGGAACGGAAGUUUCCGUGAGCCCUGAUCGUAACACCGCGGGGCUAAAAUAUUUCGCACCUAUAAACAAGGGGCUAAAUUAAUAUAUAUCCGUCCGGCCAUGAACAAUAAUUUAGUAGUCUUUAUUAAUUUUUUUAAUUUCUCCAUAUGUAAUGUAAGUUUCAUUAAUAAUUAGGAAUAACAUAAGCUUUUGUUGGUAGUUAUGUGAUUAAACUGAUUAUGUCCUUAGCAUCACAUUUUUAAUUUCUAGAAAUCGUUCUGCUAUAUAUGGUUCUAUUGCACUAAAUCUCAUGAAACACUCAAGGCCAUGAUAAACUAUUCGAUUGUUCAUUUUAGUAUUUACGUUUAAAUAAGCACAAUAAUUAACG